CGCAAACAUUGCACAACCCGGCGGAAAGAGUAGCCAUGAGAAUCUAUAUUAAGAACACAGAACGGUUAUAUAUACCGUAUACGCCAUUCCAUUACUAAGAAGUCCAAACACGUCAUCUCUACACAACUUUCGUUUUGUGAGUUAAACAAUUUAGAAGAACUAUGGAGAAGCGCCAGAGGAGAGAAAGUGCCAAUGAAUCUUGCCCAGUCUGCCACGAGGCAGUAGAAAUUUACGCGAUCGGAAGUUGUGAUCACCCCGUUUGUUACCGGUGUGCCCUAAGGAUGAGGGCGUUGUGUGAACAGGGCUACUGUCCCAUAUGUAGGACUGACCUGAUCAAGCUUUACAUGGUUCAUAAAUUAGUAAAGGAGUCUGAGAUACCCCGUCAUGGUUACAUUCCAAACAGGAGACUGAAAAUUUUCUUCGAAGACGAUUCUAUUAAGAAAAAAGUUGAUAAAUUGCUAGAAUAUAAUUGCCCGAAGUGUAAACAGUCAUUCAGAUUAUUUAGAGAACUUCAGACUCACAUGAGGAAGGAACACACACUUUUCUACUGUGAUCUCUGCAUUGAUCAUUUAAAGAUUUUUCCAUUUGAGAGGAAAUACUACAGCCGUCAAGACCUAGCUACCCAUCGCCGUGUGGGAGAUAAGGAUGACAAAUCCUACAAAGGCCACCCUUUGUGUCACUUUUGUGAUGAACGCUAUAUGGACAACGAUGAGCUGUAUCGCCACCUGAGGAAGGAUCAUUACUACUGUCACUUUUGUGAGAAGGAUGGUUGUAAUGAUUACUACAGUGACUAUGAAGACCUCAAGCGACACUUCAGGGAUCAGCAUUACCUAUGUCAAGAAGAGGACUGUGUGAAUGCACAGUUUACACAUGCUUUCCGCUCAGAAAUAGACCUUAAGGCACACAAAACAAGUGAACAUAAUCGUGGUCUCACCAAGGCUCAGGUUAGACAGUCGCGUGUUGUAGAUGUAGACAUACAUCUGGCUCCCAGGAAAAAACCACAGAGAGGUGUUGUAUCUGGAGAUGACUAUGAAGAGAAAGGACCAAGGAACAGAGGGCGAGGUGGUGGAUCUGGCAGACAGACCUCUUACAGGGACCGCUUUAGGGAUGAAGAUGUUGAAAAGGCUAUUAAGGUGUCUCUUGAAACAAUGAAGGAAGAAAGAACAAAACCAUCAAAGAGCCCAGUUGAGGAGAUGGAACAGGAAAGCCCAAAGAUUGUACAUGAUGAAUCCAACUUCCCUACUCUAGGAAACAUUAUUCCAGCUGCAAGGUCCCACACACCAACAGAAGAAGUAAUCAAGGACCAGUCUAUCGCUCACAAAUUAGCCAAGGCCAAUCACAUGUCAGUUCAACAUGGUCGUCUAGGAAUGGCAGACUUCCCCAGUCUGGGACAGUCUAGCGGAGGUGUUCCUGAGCCAUCAAAACCUUCUGUGCCAAGGAAAGUCUACAAUGAACCACAUAUUGAAGCAAGUAAAAGUGUUACUACUGUGUCAAAUAAGAACCACUCUAAUUCUGUGCGGUCAUUGAAAAAAGAUGAUUUCCCAGAACUACCCACUGCCAAAAAUGUAUUAUCAAAAAACACUUCCAAAGUUGGGUCAUGGGGUGUUACAGCUCCCCCUAAACCUCACUCACCUGUCCAACCAAAGAAAGACAUUACACAAAGUGUGAAUGUGACAUUAGGCUCUAAAGUUAAUAAAUCUAAACAUUAUAAUGUUAUUCCUUCUAAAAGAGUUCUUGUAGAUGAUAAAGAAUUUCCUUCACUAGGAAAUACCCCUCCACUGAACAUGGAGUGGGGGAAAUCUAGCUCGGAGAGUAAAAAAACACAACCAAGUAAGAAAAUUGAUUGGUUUGAUGUUGAAGACAACGAAUACAGUAUUAAUAAUUUUAAGAGUGACAUUUCACAUAGUGACACUGCAAGUAAAAGUAAGAAAAAGAAAAAGAAACUGAAGGGAGUAGCUGAAUCAACAUCAGGUAACACAAAUUCAUCGUCAUUAGGAGGACAAACUACACUAGAUAACAUAGCAAGCUCCUUAUUCUCAGUAAAAAGCAAACCAGACUCAACUGAACAGCAAAAGUUAAAGGAGAACAAAAACCCUGAAAAGGGUUCAAAGGACAGUAAACAUUUUAGUGAUGAGGAAUUCGAAGGAUACCCAGUGGUCAGUAUUAGUGACAAAAAUGGACCUACGGAAAGUGCUUGUGCAGCAGUGGUCCAGAAUCAUUCUACCUUCAACAAAUUUGAUUUAUUGGGAUCAGAGAACUUCCCUCAGCUGACGGACAGUGUGUCUAAGGCAAAUGCUUCUGAAAAGCCCCGUAAAGGGAAAACCAAUGUACUAUUGGAUGAAGAAGAGUAUCCAAGACUUGGUGGUUACAAGAAAUCUAAAGCUCCACCCGGAUUUUCUAAGACCCCAGUGCCUACAUCUCCUCCAGGGUUUGAUAGCAAACCAGCACCUAAAAAGCCCCCUCCUGGUUUUGGAUCAUCAACAAAAUCUAACCCCGUCCAACGUGAAGUAUUGGACCUUCAUGCUAUACAGGAAAGUUUGACCCUAAAGACAAUGGUGCCAGUGUCGGUCAACAUGGGAAACUACCUGUAUGCACCACUUGAAGAUUCCCAAUCACGCAAUCAUAAGUUGAUUUCAGAUAUUCGUAAUCAUGCACAGGGAGAAUUUGACAAGUUCAAGACCUGGGCUGGAGAGUUUCGCAAUGGAAAGAUGUUAGCUGCUGAUUAUUAUGACAAGUGUGAAAGCCUACUUGGCAAGGAAAAUUUUACUUCAGUAUUUCCAGAACUUCUUGCUCUUCUUCCUGACAUCAGUAAACAGCAGGAACUUCUGUCAACCUUCAAUAGCAUGGAGUCUGGAAAACCAAGUGGCAUGUCACAAAAAGGAGGACAUGGCAGAAAAGGUGGAUGGGAGGUACCCUCCUUCUCUGUGUGUCCAACAUGUAGACAGGUCCUGCUCCAGAAGGACUACAGUCAUCACAUUUCUAUGCACGACACAGGCUCAGACUUUCCCUCAUUGCACUCUGAUGUUUCCUCAAGGCCAGUAGGCCCUGGCCUCAAAGAAUGGGUUCGGGCCAAGUAGAUGUGGUCAUUUGAAACAGGGUUGAUGUUGAAUCCUGUAGUCAUUAGGAGCUACAAAAGUAUUCUAGAAAAUAGUUUAUCUGUAUUUCCGUUUUUUAAAAGCUUUAUGAGUAUAACUUUUGGUUGUUCUGUUUGUUAAUUACCGUUGUGUUUUUAUCAUAUGCAUAUAGAGAUCUUUUAAAGACUAUUUUGUCUAUAGGUCAUCUAUAUCAGGCUUGCUAUCCUCCAUUUGACCUCUGUAAAACAUAUUGACUCCUUUGAUUGAGUUGGAAUGGUGAAGGAAUGUCUCUAUUUUUUGUCUAUGAUGAGUUUUGUAUUAACGUUAUACACAUAUUGUUUUAGACUCUUAAUUUUAAAUGGUUUGAUGUUGGUUAAUCAGGAUGAUUUUAUAAAUCAACGACCUAAAAAUAUCUAUCUUAUGGUUCAAUUUGUGUCCAGGAAAUGUCUAUGUUUUGGUUCGAUAUUGUAUCCAGGUGAAGUAAAGUUUUUGCACCUUGCACUGUCACAAAAUGUAUGCUAUUGCUAAUAUUUAAAUGAAAUGUUCAGGGUUAAUAAGAGUUUAACUUCACAAAUCCUUUCUAUUUUAUAUGAAUGACGUGCAGAAUUAAGAAACGGAGGUUUAAAUGAAACAACUUGCUUUACAUAUGUGUAGGUACAUCACCUAACCUUGAAGAAGUGUUUUCUGAUUUUGUUAAUAGUUUAACCUGUCUUUAAUCCAUAGCUCGUAAUCCAUAUCUACUUCAUAGACCAGCUUGGGUAUGGCGGAUAGCAUUACCUCAAUGGUAUGUGAGUCUUGUUGGAUCUAAGCCCUGUCUACUCUGAAAUGAGAUUUUAUUUCCUCUUCUUGCUCAUGUCAACCAUAAACUCUUAUCCUGUUAACUGUUGCAAGUAAUUACCGGUAAGCAUUGAAAUGGAACAUUUCUCAGUUUGAACAUCAGUGCUAGGUUUAAUUUUAAGUAUACAGACUUAAGUACAGGUAUGUACAAUUAUAAAUCAUGCAGGCAGACAUUCAAUUCUGACAGGUAAUACUGAAUACAUGUAUAUUUAAUUUGGUAGAAACAAAUCCUAACAAUAUAUUCUUUUAUAAGUUCAUUUUAUAAUCUUAAUUGUGAAAUACCAGUAUUGACACUGUUAUAAUCCGUUGUUUCAAGACAAGAUGUUUUUAUCGGUCAAGAACUGAAAUACAGAACUAAUUGUAGAGGUAUGGCUAUAGGCUGUAGCUGUUAAGUGCAUGUUGAUUUUUAUUUCUGGUCGUAUACGCGUAGCUAAGUUGAUUUAAAUGUUUCUAUUUUUAACUUUAUUAAUCCUACAAUGCUACACUAAUAUUUUAUUGUAAACAGAUAAGUGAUUUGACUCAAUAAUCAAGAAUGCAGAUCACGGUAUGCCAAUAACUGGUGAUUGAUAAAUAUAUAUAUAUUCAGGUCAAACAUAUGAAAAUGGUAACUUAUGAUAAUUUGUGGAUAUUUUCAUUCAGUGAAACUCCUAUCAUUACAUUGUACUAAUUUAUUAAGCAGUUUCCUGUUUGAGUUGAGUUUGAUUUAAGAUACUAAAACAUCACAGUUUUCCUUUAAAGUUAUCGGUAUUAAAUGAAAUAAUAAUUUCCUUAAUAUUGCAUAUAUAUGAUAAUAUCGGACUGAUUUAUAAAAAAAAAAAAAUGGAAUGACAAGUGUCCCACAGGGUGAAGUUUUCCUAGCCAGGAUACAUGUAUAUACCAGUUUUCUUAACAUAUUCUUAGUGGAUACAAUUAUCAUUGAUGUUAAUUAGAUACAGUAGUUUGUAUGCCAGAAAGUUUUAUCAUUUAAUAAAACUUAUCACAAGCUAAAGAGGAAAUAUUGUAAUAACAGUUGGGUUUUUUUUUCAUUAUAUAAAUGGAAUUCUUUUUUUCACUCAAACGAAUUGCAAGAUUAAAUAAACUGCAAUAAAUUGUUAACCUUAAUUAUGUGAUCAGAAUUUCACACAAGAUGAAAUUCUGCAGACAAAUAAAUAAGAAUAAUUUUUACAUUUAAGUGUUUGUAAAUUACUAGUCCGUUGAUAUGGUGAGUGGAUAUUUCAGUAUAUAUACAUAUUUAUUAAACUUAUAUAUAUGUGAAUUUCACUCAUGCAAAUGCUAUGGUCUGUUAUAUAUGUGAAUUUCACUUUUGUAAAAGCUAAGGCCUGCUGAUAGCUGACAUUUCGUAAAGUGAAACCACAUUGCAAAUGAAAUGGCAUGUGUUUUAAUCAAUACUAGUAAAUGCUAUUCCUUAUGAUUUAAUUGCAGUUUGUAAUUUCAACAAGAAAUAAAUUUAUUUAUAUUUGA